UAGAGCUUACUUGCGCCCUGAUCAGAAAGAUUGGGACGAAGUGUUGUGCAAAAUCAGCUGUGCAUUAAGGUCCUCUAUUCACUCUAGUAUAGGAACCUCGCCCUAUUACAUGGCGUUUGGACAGCAUAUGAUCACUUCUGGGUCAACUUACGGAUUGCUAAGGAAGCUAAAUUUGCUGGAUGAUCGCUCUUUAGCGUUUAAUCGGCAGGACUCGUUUGACUUAAUUCGCGAUGAAGCCUCUAAACUCAUGUUAUUAAAGCACGAGCAAAACGAACGGAAGUAUAAUCUUCGUUCGAGAGAAGUUUCUUUUACUACCGGGCAAGAAGUGUACAGAAGGAACUUUAAGCAAAGUUGUUUUCAAACCGGGUACAACGCUAAGUUUGGGCCCGCCUUCGUUAAAGCACGAGUGAGGAGGAAGAUAGGCAACUCGUAUUAUGAAUUAGAGGAUCUGCAGGGCCAGUUGUUGGGAAAUUAUCAUGCUAAGGACAUACGGCAGUAAGUUUGCUUCAGGCGGAGUCAGUCUAGGGUACCAUUACAAUACCCUAGCCUGAUUCUAGC